AUGGCGGGAGAAGUACGCCAACCGAUAGACCUGCCCUCCUUGGAGCGCUACCUUAACCAGAAUGUGCCCGUGGUCACGACCCCGCUGGAUUUGAAACAAUUCGGCUUCGGUCAAUCCAACCCAACAUACCAAAUCACCACCGCCGAUGGACGUAAGCUCGUCCUGCGCAAGAAGCCUCCCGGCAAGCUGCUCUCGAAGACCGCCCACCGAGUAGACCGAGAAUACCAGGUCAUCCGGGCGCUGGGAAAUACAGAUGUGCCUGUGCCAGAAGCACUCUGCCUCUGCGAAGACAGCAGCGUGAUCGGUACCCCGUUCUACAUUAUGGAGUUCUUGGACGGUCGGCACUUUACCGAUCCUGCAAUGCCCGGAGUUAGCCCGGCAGAGAGGAAUGCCCUAUGGAAAUCUGCCGUGGAGACGUUAGCCAAAUUUCAUGCGGUUGUUCCCAAAUCAGUCGGCCUCGAGAAAUUCGGCAAGCCGUCUGGAUUCUACGACCGACAAAUCGCGACCUUCACAACUGUCUCCAAGGCCCAAUCCCAGGUCCUGGAUAAAGAUACCAAGGAACCCGUUGGUGAACUGCCUUACUUUAAGGAUAUGGUGCAAUUCUUCGGCCAGAAGUCGACCCAGCCACGCGAUCGCGGCACGUUGGUGCAUGGCGACUACAAGAUCGACAAUAUGAUCUUCCACAAGACUGAACCACGAGUGAUUGGCAUCUUGGACUGGGAAAUGGCUACGGUGGGACACCCGUUGUCCGACUUUUGUAACUUGACCAGCCCCUAUAUCAUGGAUGGUGCCGAUCACACCAAGGAAGAAUUCCAGGCCGGGCGUAUCCCCGGCCUUCCUUCGCGCGAGGAUUGCGUUCGCUGGUACUCGGCUGUCUCGGGAUAUAACCCGGCGGAGGAUAUCCUAUGGGGAGACGCGUUCUUUGCGUUCCGAGGGUCUGUGAUUAUGCAGGGUAUUGCGGCGCGAUACGCUGCUCGGCAGGCUAGCAGCGCCCGGGCUGGUGAUUAUGCGAAGCGGGCCAAGCCAUUUGCCUUGGAGGCUUGGGGGCGAGUGAAGAAGGUGCAGGAGUUUUCCAAGCAGAAGGGUAAACUAUAA